GGCAGCGCUGCGGCGGCGCUCGGGCAGCCCAGCGCGGGGGCCUGCGCUGGGGGCGGUUCCGGUUCCGGUUCCGGGCGCCGCUCGGGCCGGGGGGGCCGCGCCGCCAUCGCCGCGAUGCCGAAAGGUAGAAAAGGAGGCCACAAAGGCCGGGCAAGGCAGUACACGAGUCCUGAGGAGAUCGAUGCCCAGCUCCAAGCAGAAAAGCAAAAGGCAAGGGAAGAGGAGGAGCAAGAAGAAGGAGGAGAAGGAGCAACAGGGGACCCUAAAAAGGAGAAGAAGUCUUUAGAUUCAGAUGAGAGUGAUGAAGAUGAUGAGGAUUAUCAGCAAAAGCGCAAAGGAGUGGAGGGGUUGAUAGACAUAGAGAACCCCAACCGUGUCAUUCAGACAACCAAAAAAGUCACUCAGCUGGACCUGGAUGGACCCAAGGAGCUCUCACGACGAGAGAGAGAGGAAAUAGAGAAGCAAAAGGCAAAAGAAAGAUACAUGAAAAUGCACCUAGCUGGGAAAACAGAGCAAGCCAAGGCAGACCUUGCCCGAUUAGCCAUCAUUCGGAAGCAAAGGGAAGAAGCUGCCAGGAAGAAAGAAGAAGAAAGAAAAGCAAAAGACGAAGCGGCCAUGGCAGGUAAAAGACUGCAGUCACUAUCCCUUAACAAGUAAGCCCAGGCCAUGCAAGAGGAGGAAACACCAGGGAACUGUGCCUGGUCCUGCCAGGAGCUCUGCCUUCCAUCGCUGCCACGCAGGGCACCCUGCAGCAUUGACCUCACCACCUCCAAGAGACACUGGCGAUGUGUUUGUCCUCAUCCUGGCACAGAUUUCCAUUUGGGGUUAGGGGCAGCUGCUCUCUGCAGUGCAGAGCUGUGCUGGACAGCAAUUCCCUGUAACAGUUUGGAAACAUGAAUGUUUUUGCUGUUUUUAGGAUCAAGAACUCGUAGACGGUGGGAGG